UCAAAACAUUGCAACUUCCUUCAUUCUCUUAUUACUUUCUUUUAUAGAUUGUCAUUUCCGCAAAAUGAGUCCAAUUACUGAAUUUUAUACCGGAAAAACGGUUUUAGUGACCGGCGCAACUGGAUACAUGGGUAAAGUUUUGCUGGAAAAGUUAGUGCGAAGUUUCCCGGAUAUAAAAAAAAUCUACAUUCUUAUACGUUCCAAAAAAGGAUGUACUCCUCAAGAAAGGGUUAAGCAAUUAACGAAUGGCAUCAUAUUUACAUUUCAUAACGUGAACGAAAAAGCUUACGAUAAAAUCGAGGCAAUAAGCGGCGAUUUUAUGAUGGAAAACUUGAAUCUGUCCGAAAUCGAUAAGGAAAAGUUAAUUGAGGAGGUAUCGAUUGUAUUUCAUGUUGCCGCUUCUAUUCGUAUGAAUCUUCCGCUAAAAGAAGCCGUAAUAACUAAUACUACAUCGACGUAUCAACUAUUUAAAUUAUGCAUGAAUAUGAAAAUAUUACAAGCGUUUGUCCACGUAUCUACAGCUUUUUGUAACGUUGAAAUUGAUUACAUGGAAGAGAAAAUUUAUCCUAUGGAUGUUGAUCCUUAUAAAAUUAUGGAUCUCGUUAAAUGGAUGGAUGAGAAAUCUUUAGUUGCUAUUACAAAAAAGUAUGUAUUUGCUUAUUUCAAAAAAGCUCUAGAACCGAUAUUAAUAACCAUUCAAAGCAUUAAGUGUGUGUGCGUGCGUCGGAAAACACAAUCAAAUCCAUCAACCGGAAAUGGUACUUUAGCAGAACACAUACUUAAUAUAAAAUUGUUAGGAUCCCAUCCCAAUACUUACACUUUCACUAAAAGGCUUACUGAACUUAUCGUGAAAGAUAUGGGUGAUAAAAUUCCCAUUAUCAUAACAAGACCAUCUAUUGUUAUGCCUUCACUAAGAGAACCUAUUGCUGGUUGGGUAGAUAGUUUUAAUGGACCAGUAAGCUUAUUUUACGCAUUUGGAAAAGGAAUUUUAAGAAUAGGGCUAAUUGAUGACAAAAGUGUUCCACAAAUGAUACCGGUUGAUGUUGCUAUAAAUACUUUAAUUGUUAGCGGAUACGAACGGGCUACAAACGUAUAUUCCCCAAGUGUGCUUAACGUAACUAUCGGUAACGUUACUACCCCAACUUGGAGCGAUUACUUCACUAGGUGUGAAGAUUAUAACUGGGAACAUCCAUUUAAAUUAGUUUUAUGGUACCCCAAAGUCACUUAUACAAAGUCUUAUUAUCUAUACAUGAUCCAUAUGAUUCUUUUUCAUAUCAUUCCAGCGCUGGCCAUUGAUUUUAUGAUGAUUAUAUUUUUGCAGAAACCUUUCUUGACUGCCAUUCAGAAACGAUUGCUACAGACUUUUAAUGUUUUGCAAUGCUUUACACUAAAUACAUGGUCGUUUGAUAACACCAAUUGUAUACAAUUAAACGAAAAACUUGACGAUAAUGAUAAGAAGAUUUUUCCUAUGCUUGCUCGUUUACAAGGAAUAGAAUUUGAAAAUUACAAUAUUAAUAAUUGUAAGACAUCGGCCAAAUACUUAUUUAAGGAACAUUCAGAAAAUUAUUCUAUUUACAAACUGCGUAAUAAAAUAUUGUAUCUAUUAGAUCUGUUGAUUAAGCUGUGUUUUAUUUAUGUUGUGUUAAGGUGGGUUUUAGGAAAAUAUUUUUAGUUAUAGAAAAUG